ACCGGGGUGAGGGUAGGCGGCGUUGCCACUGUAAUCACUGGGCCACUGUCUAAAUUUUUUAACGUCAAAACCGGUCAACAUCUCAAAUCCGAAAUGCCGCCCACACCCAAGCACCGCGACGUAGCCCCGUUUCUGAGCCGGGUCCGGGACUUCUUCCUGGGCCGCUCUCACAAGACGGCCCACCGGUUCGCGGACACCAUGUCCCGUCGGACCCAGGCGCAGCCCGACAUUCCUCGAGGUCAACUGGACACUUUGACCCAGAGCUACUUCGCCAGGGAUCCCCGCCAGGCCGUCCGGCAGCCCAUAGACUUGGUGGAGGAAAACAAACGGCUCCUGGCAGCCAAGGAGGCCGCAGAGAAAAAUGCGGAGCCGAAGAAGACGUGCGACGGAAAGGAACCCGUGAAGCCCAUGGCCAGGAAGAAGCCACUACCAACCCCCGGAAGCUUCCACUCCUGGGAAGGUCCAGAUUAGCUCACCAAAAUUAUUCGACCAGUUUUUUGUUUCAUGCUGCUUUGCAUCGUGAUUUUAUAUAUUUAUUACCUAAGCCCGGUCAAUUGCGAGACGCGCUGAUGCAGUGGCUCAUAAAAUGCAAAUCUAAUUAGUCGUCAGGGCGAAAAUCUUUUAUGGCACCUGCAUGAAAAUUUAAUUAAGCUCCCGCAAUUAUCGCGUGGGAAUGAGAGUGCUCGUCAAGGGCCGAGAGGCUCCUCUUCGACCACGGCAAUAAAUUUGCGGGCUUAAUAACAUUUAAUGCCAUCAAAAUUUAUAUUUACAAUUUAAAACGAGGCAAUCGCCGGACGCUGAGUGGAUUAUGGGGCAUUGUUAAUGAUGAUUGCAGGUCGAUUGUUAAUUGUCUGGGCUGCCAAUUUAUGCUGAUGACUUUCGCCCAUCGAUUUAUUGAUUGGAGUUUGAUUUGCCGCAUAUUACCCACCCUCUUUCACCUAAGCUGCCAUCUUCCAAAGAAAUACAAAAAUGUAAUCUAGUUUCGUGUGUUACGCAAAAAGAAA